AUGGCAGCGCUGCUUGGCCUGCAACUCUCCCACGGACGCGAGCAGCAGACAAGGAACCGUGGAUCAGAGUCGCUUUGCACGUCCAUCCCAGGCCUCUUUACGGAGUAUAACACCUGCUGCCGGCCUUGGGCACGGUCUGCGCGCCUCCAGCUCUCUCUGCCCGUGGCCGCGGCGCUAAGGGCGACUAACCACCAGCAGCCCGGCCAACCAGCUGCUCAACGCUCCCUGAGCCCGUUCUCCGUCACUUUUUUUCGGGCCCGUGACGUGCCCUCGUCUCUUCUCCCUCCCUCGACUUCGACGUCCAUCUCUGCUCGCCGAUCUUCUCCCCCUCCCCCCAUCCUCUGCCCUCCCGCUGAGUUCAGAUCCGGCUGUCCUCUGCGUGUGCGCCAUGGUCCAAGCUCCUGCUUCCCCAAGAUUUCUGUGAUCCACGGCCUGCCCGACCCCGUGAUCCGGCUUCCAUGCUCCAAAAUUCCGGGCGAUAACGAGCGCGGCAAGCAGGUGCUUGCUGCAGCAGACGACACGGAAGGUCCAUCUCUAUCCGUAUCCCCCGCCAGCCCGGCUUCCCAUCGCCCCGUCGAGCUUCCUAAACUGCGAGACGACUCCUCUCUCCAGGCCGUGCCGGUCAUCACGCGGGCCACAACUCCGGCGUCUUCGAGCGUUUUGGCCGUUGGGUCGCCCGGCCUGCGGCCGUCGCGCGCAUCUUCUCCCCAGCAAGCUGCGCUUCCCGAGCUUCCCAAAUACCCCGGGGCUUGGGACUCGCUGUCGUCUUCUCCCGAGUAUCGCAAGGCAGAGAGCAACGCCAGCGCCUACUUCACGGCCGUCUGGGGAUCCCCCUAUGCAACCCCGAGCCCACGGCGACCCUCGUGGACUCUAAGCCAGCAAACCAGUGCCGGCCCUGCAUCGCCAGAGACUUCUCCUACUUCUCUGCGAAGGGGUCGUAACCGGGUAUCGGGACCGAGACAGUCCGAUUCGCUGCGAACAGCGUCCGCCUCCAGUCAGCUGCAACGUCGUGUCUUUAGCUCUCUGGGUCGAUCCUCGGGACGAGAUUUACUCGGUCGACAAGGAGGACGAUCAAUCAGGGAAUUCACUGAAGAUUGGAUCAUCCAGUACCUGUCCGGCCAGCCCAGGACCGAACGCACCAAUUGGCUGAGCGACGACUCGAGCAGCGAGGCGCCAUCCUUCAUCACCGCCCGUAAUCACUUCGCAGACGACCCCUCGGACGGUUGGCUCGGCCUUGACGACGAGCCGCACGACGAGGAUCUCCUGAAGACGCCCACGCUAGCCAGUUUCCUCGCUCAGCAGAGAAAAAGGGCGGUCGACAGCGAGAGCGACAAGCCCUCUCGUUCUCGCCACACGCACACCUCGACCCAAAGUACAGACACGCUCAGACAGGAGGAUUUCUGGGGCUUCGCUUACGGCAACGAACGGCGCUCACCCAGUAUGUCGGAUCCGAAGGAUAAGGAUGUGCCACCGACUCCAGCGGAGGGUGAGUCGAACCCACCGGUUUCAACCACAGGCCUUUCGAACCCAGGCGUUCCGACCACAGGCGUUUCGCCCAUUGACAAGCCUUUGCCGCCUCCCCCGCCGACGGAGAAUGGGCCUGAACCAACCGCUCCUCAGGAGUCUGCGACACCAGCAAGCCCAAAGUCCGCCAAGCGCGCAGCCGUGGUCACGAAUGGCACUGCUCAACGCACCAAGAAGCGCAUCAUCUGGCGCGGCAAGGCAUGCAUCAUCUCGGUGCCAGUUGAAGACAAACGAGGGUCAGAGGAGGCUGGAUAUCGUCUUCUGACUCAAGCCGACAUCGAGCAGCGUCUACAGAAAUGGAUUGAUGAGGGAUACGAUAUCCGCGGGUUCGACGUCUACGCCCCCGAGGAGGAUGCGGUUCCGGCCGACAGUGGUGCCCUGAGUCGACUUCCCUAUCCCGAUCCCGCCGAGUGUCAACAGGAAUGGAAGGAGCGGAAGUACGCGAUCAGUUUCCCCAACCAGGCAGAGUGGGACGCCUACGUCAACUUCCUCAAGGAGGAGAAACUGCGAGCGUUAGGAGUGUCAAUGGGAGAUGAUGAUCCGCCGUCGACCAUGUCCCCGGGUCCCAUGGCCGCGCUGAAUGCUGCUGCCCUGGCUGGAUACCCGGGGCUCAUCGCCUCUCCGCCGGUUCCUACGUCGUCGGCUGCGAGCAAUCCUCUUCUCGGGGUCCAUCCGUUCUCUCCCCACUUCAACCAGUCGACCAACCCGAGUACCAAUGCGGGUUCCCUGGCCUCGCCGGCUCCGCAGUUUGGCGGUCAACAUCCAUUCUUUGGUGUCGAUUCCAAUAUGGUUGCAGGGCUGUCCUACCCAUUCCAGCCCACGCCCCCCGUCGCAGGAACUUUGACUCCUCAAAGUCUGUUCAACGCUCGUCAGGCAGGUGUCGUCUCGGCAGGCCCAGGCAAUCUGCCAAACUUGAACUCCCUUCUCUCGCCCGUCUCGCCGCUGAACCAAGAGGACUCGAACACGUUCCACCAAGGCGUCAACGACAUGCUGGCUCCUCGCAGGGAUUCGGUUCGUGGCCAAGACUCCAGCCAGCAGAAUCGGAAGUCGAGAGCAACGACAAUGGUUUCUGAGGCUCAAGCGGAACCAGAACAUUACCAGACGUCCAACGUCGAAAUUGCACAGCCGACGCCCCGUGGACACAGUCACAACCUCAGCGAAACCCUUCAGAAAGGCCUGGAUCGGUAUUCGCAAGCAGAUUACCAUCUGGAGGAGUCGAUACAGAGGCAGUUGGAAGAGAAUGAUCGGGAGCCGACUUCGAGCUUGAUGAAGUCUCGGUGGGCCGUACCGGAAAACGAAGUCCAAUCUUCUCAAUUUCCGAAGAAGGACUCGUUCUCUCAGGGACACCAUCGUCUCUUUGGCGAACAGCGACAGGCCCAGGCUGAUCAGGAUGGUGAUGAAAUUGAUACCAACCCCAGCCUUGAGGGCACACCCCGUGAUCAGGAGCAGGAUUUGAGCCACCAUCCCUGGCACAGCGCCAAACCGAGCACAGGUUCGUUUGUUGGCGGCCACCACAAGUCACGGACGUCAAUGUCGACACUCAAUGUGGAGGCGAAGGAAUUCGAUCCCACCACUUCGCUCUCUUCGAACACCUUCACCUUCCAUGGCAGCUCAUUCCAACCGGGUAGCUUCGAUAGUCCCUCCACGAUAUUCUCCCCAUCUUCUACAGUGUUUAAACCUGGUGGCUUCAAUGCGACUGCUCCUGCGUUCACUCCUUUCGGCAGUCAGGCAACAUCGUUCUCCCCAAGCGGUUUCACGUUCUCCACUUCUUCGUUCAAUGUCGAUGCUCCUGAGUUCAAUCCGGGCCAGAGUGUCACCACGAACGGCAAAUCGGAUGCCCCAGACCAUCUGAAAAGCCGCAUCUUUGGAGAUAUCGACUUCUCCCAGAUCACCAAGCCUAGCAAGAAGUCGAAGGCUAUACCUAUUGUGCGACCCGAUGACGCCGAGCGAGAGCGUAACAAGCAGAAGGACGAGGAAGUGGAUAACAGCGCGUCAGGACCUCAGCCACGUCAGAAGCGCGCUCGCCAUGGUGCAGAGGACGGCGACAAGGAUGCUGAGAUUGCGCCUUCCGCUCUGCCGCUGGGAGAGGCCGCUCAACCCCAGGCAUCAGCAGCACCUUCCCAGUCGCAUAAACAGGCUGACGGAAAGGAGAAUGCAGCUCCUGACGACAGUGCUGCUGCAGACGCUUCCGCUGACGUGAAGCCUGCAGUUGCCGACAUCAAGCCUGCUCCGCCGAAAGAGGUGGCUGCUACCGAGAAGACCGUUUCCGAAUCUGUCGAGGUCAAGAAGGUCGAGAAGGUUGACAAGGUGGAGCAGAUAGAGCAGCCAGUGGCUGCUGCUGUCAGCGAAGCAGGUUCCAAGGAGCAGCCUAGUCCACAAGACACGGCUGGUAAAGAAGAUGUUUCUAAGGAAGAACCCGAGGACCAAGUUCAGCAAGCGAAGGAUGAACCUGCGGCUCCUGCUCCUGCUCCUUCUCCUGCCCCUGCUCCUGAACCUGAACCUGCCGCUGAGCCUGCCCCUGAACCUCCCAAGACCGAGCCAAAGAAGACAAAGGGAUUCUCGUUCAGGCCCUCCAUCGCGGAAUUCGUUCCUGCUGCCUUCUCGGCAUUCAGGAAGAAAGAGCAGCCAGCGAAGCCAAAAGAAGAGCCGGAGAAACCGAAAGAGGAGCCACAGAAGCCGAAGGAAGAGCCAGAGAAGCCCAAACCGACUGGCCUUAUGGCUUCCCGCUAUGCCGUUCCCAGCCCUCCUGUCGAGACCAACCAUGUCGAGCCUUCUGAGCUGGCCCAGGUGCCUGAGGAACCAGCGCCAAAGGCCGACUCUGCUCCUACGCAAGAUACUGCCCGCCGUCAGGUGGAUCCAGACUCUCCUGAUGAGCAGGAACUCAAUGCCGUCAUGGAGCAACUCAACGGUGAUGAUCCAGACAUCGGUGUAGAGAGAGUCAGCACACCUGUUCGGCCUCAAGAACCGGUAGAGACCCCUGGAGCCCCGUCAACCGGUGCACCGAUUCCUCCACAGCUCCGGAGUGAUGCUCCAAGCCCAAGUCCCAGACGCGGGCUGCAAGAACUCCUACACACUGUGCCGAAAUUGGGCACUGAGUUUGACGUCCAGUCCCAAGUGGCAGUGUCUCAGCGGGGACUUGCCUCCGGUGCCCAGUCGCCUGUUCGUCAAUUGAUCAGUAACGAUAACCACAUCAGUGACUGGGACGAUGUCAUCGAAUCCGGAGAAGACGAGAAACUGGUCCAACGAAGCAAGUUCUUCGACCGCCAUAUCAACGAACUCGUUGGCAAUGUUUUGGAGGAACGCUUGGGUCCUCUGGAAGAAACGUUGAACGUCAUUCAGCAUUCCGUUGCGUCGUUGAGUUCUCGAUCUGCAAGCAGACGGCCACUGCGGAGUGCCUCAGCCGAGGUCGAGGAGAGCGAUGCGGAUGCGGAUGAUGAAGACGACGAGGAGGUCCGUAGGCCAAUAUCGCCUUUCAGCAAGAAAGAUCGGAAGCUGGAGAAGCUGAAGAACGCCGUUGUCGAGGCCCUUGUCGCCCACCAGAAGGAGUCUCAACCACCUGCGCCUGCUAUCGACUUGGCACCGAUCCAAGAAAGCAUCGCUGAGUUGAAGGCUCUCACGAAACCGUCACCCGACCAAGACUCCGGUAUCAAGAAUCUCAUUCAAGAGACCAUUGCAACGCAACUUAAAAACACUAUGUUGCGGCGGCUUACGGAUGCUGAGGAGAUUGGCGCCGAAAGUCUGAAACUGCAGGUCGACGGUCUGAAGAGCAUGCUCCGGAUCGCCGACGAGCGGGCAGAGGCGGAAUACAAAGCACGUCGGGACGCUCAGGAUGCCUUGGCUGAAGCUCAGAAGCUGUUGAAGAUAGCUGAGGAGGAUGCUGCUCGCCACCGUCAAGCAGCUCAAGAUGCAGAGGAGAGCCUUCGCCAGUUGCGGGAGGAGAAGAUUCCUCACUUUGAAAAGAUUCAGAACCGAUCCGAUGCUCUUGAGAAGCAGCAGAAGGCCCUCGAGCUUACGCUGUCUGAGCUUUCUCAGAAGAACAUCGCGUUGGAGGGUACUUUGGACGAGUACCGAGAAUCCCAGGAGAACUGGAAACGGCAGGUUGCAGAGGUCCAGAACGAGAACAGGGAGCUGCGGGCCAAUGUCAAUCAUCUGAAGACCCGGAUUGAGGACAGCAUGCGCGCCCGACAGAGUCUUCGCGGGAAGUUCGAUCGCCUUCAGGAUGACAUGGUCAGCGCCACGCGCGACAUUGCUCGCGAACAAGCCGCUUGGCGCAAGAAGGAGGAAGAGAUGAACGCCAAAUACGAUGCCCUUCGUGCAGCCUAUGACCGGGAAGUCAAGCUGCGCGAGAAGCUGGAGAUGGACAUCGCCGAGCUUGAGCAACAGGAGCGCGAGGCGGCGAAGCUGAAGUUCAUCUUCGGUCAAUCCCAGCAAGAAAAUGCCCGGCUCGAAGAGCUGGUUGCCACCCUGAGGCAGGAGAGCCACGAGUACCAGAGCAAGGCAGCCCGUUUCGAGCGUGAGUUUAACGAGGCGCGCGAGAGCAGCCGGAUCGAGGUCCAGCGAACCAGGACGGCGAUGGAGGCGGAUGUUGAAGCCGCCAACAACCAAGUCAACUACGUCCGGGCCGAGUUGGAAGCCCAGAUUUCCCGCCUGGAAAGCCAGCUGGAGAACGUUCGAUUGGAGGCUGACACGAUGAAGGAACGAUACGAACUGCUCUUGGAGGAAGCUCGGGACGCCAAGGCCAAUGCGGUGGCUGAGCUCACUGCCGCGAAGGACAAUGCCCUUGAGGAGCAGCGCAAGAGGCAUGAGAGUGUCCUCAACGAUCUCCGGGAGCGACACGCCCGUGCCCUGCACAAUGCCUCUGAAGACCGGCAGCGGACCGAAUCUUAUUUGACGGACAAGCUGAAUCUCGCGAACGAGAAGAUCGAACAUCUUCAAGAUAAGGUCACACACUUGGAGGAGAAGCUUGAGAUCGCCAAAUCUGCUGCCCGCGCCGCUGCACAGGCGGCCCAGGCCAAGGGGGCGGCUGCUGCUGCUGCUGCUGCUGCUGCUUCGUCAGCGCCAAUGGACCAUCACACGACUUCGCCGUCCAUGUCCUUCCGGAAGGACUCUUUGGUACCCGAGAAAAUCUCUCCUCAGGCGCUGCGGGAAUCCAUCCUCGUCCUCCAAGACCAACUGCAGCAACGUGAGACUCGGAUCGAAGAACUCGAGCAGCAGCUGUCGGAGGUGGACCACGACGCACCGAACAAGCUCAAGGAGAAGGACACGGAGAUCAACUGGCUUCGGGAGUUGCUCGAGGUGCGCGUGGGCGACCUGCAGGACCUCAUCGACACUCUGUCGAAGCCGUCGUUCGACCAGCAGGCAGUCCGUGACGCGGCGAUUCGGUUGAAGGCCAACCUGCAGAUGGAGCAGCAGGAGAAAGAACGGGCGAUGGCUGGUGGAAGGACCUUCCCGUCGCUGGCCAGUCUGGCCGCAUCACCUCGCUCACUGCCGCUUGCAGCUGCCGCGGCCUGGGGAAGCUGGCGCAAAGGGCGAGAGUCGUUCACGUCCGAGGUCAGUCCGUCCGGGUAUCAGCAGACGCCGUCCAAGUCGACCAACGGGGGUGGGUUCCUGUCGGGGCUUCUGACACCACCGAGCUCGAAUGUGCGGCAGACGCCCAAGAAUGGGAGUGCGCCGGUGAGCAGGAUGGGAGCGCGACGGACAACAGCGGACAGUCGGGGAUUAGGUCAAACUCGGCCGCGACAGGCGGAGAAGUUGCCUGCGCAUGAGGAACCACCGGAACCGCCGACGACGCCGCCACUUCUGCGACGGUCGAGCUACGACCACGACGCGGAGCCCAACAGCUAUGACAAUAGCAUGUUGAUGGAGGAUGGCGACAGCGUGGUUGGCGAGUCGCCGAAGGGGACUAGAGAAGGUCUUGUCGCGGUGCAAAAUUGA